AUGUGGAGACAAUUGAAACGCGUUGACGUUCCUAAAUUUACGGGAAACGUGAAGACAUAUUCCAAUUGGAAAGCAGCAUUUACGGCCUGUAUUGAUAAAGCCCCAGCAACACCUGAGUACAAGUUACUGCAGCUUAGAGAGCAUCUUUCAGGUGAUGCGCUGAAGUUGAUUGAAAGCCUGGGACACUCACCAGCUGCAUACGAAGCCGCAAAGGAGAGGCUUGAGAGAAAAUACGGAGGUGAUCGAAGACAGAUCAAUUUGCAGUUGGAGGAGCUGACAAACUUCCCGCCCUUACGACCUGGAAAGCCUGGGGAUAUCGAGCGAUUUUCGGACAUUUUAGAUCUAAUGAUGAUCAACCUGAAGGAGUCAGGAUUGUUCGGGGAUUUAGAUAGCAAACUGCUCUAUUCUGUUAUGAUGAGAAAGAUGACAGACGGAAUGUUAACAAGUUACCAGCGCUGGGUGCACGAGAACAAUUUUGAUGAAUCGAUCUACGCCCUGAGGAAGUUUGUGUUGAGGGAAGCCGAGUACCGUACCGUCGCAUAUGAGGCCAUUCAUGGUGUAGGCGCAGAGAAUCAAGAAGCAAAGUCAGAUUCAAACGACAGAAACCGACAAUCGAACAGAUACAGGGAGUCAACAAAUAGAGCACACUUCACCGGUACACCACGCAAUAAUAACAAUAACUGCGAGUUAUGCGACCAAACCCACGGCAUAUGGGCAUGCGAUGUUUUCAAACGAUUGGAGAUCAACAAACGUUGGGAAAAGGCUAAACAUUUGGCUCUUUGUUACCGAUGCCUUGGACGAAACCAUUUAGGAUCAAAAUGCGAGCGGACAAGAGAAUGCGGUAUUGAUGAGUGUAAGGAAACACAUCACCGAUUGCUCCACGGAAAAAGGACAUCGGUUAUGCCAGCAAGGAAAGACAGUGAGGAGAAAAGAGAAAGAGAUCGCAACCACAGCACAGUCACGUUGAAAACUACUGAUCAAACGAACGAAGUGAAGUUCAUUUCUAUGCGGACUGUACCAGUAAUCGUAAAAAACGGAAAACGAAGGAUAAAAGUGAAUGCGAUGUUAGACGAUUGCAGCACAACGACGUACAUAAACGUGGACGUCGCGGCAGAGCUAGGACUACAAGGAGAAAUUCAGAAGACAACAGUACAGGUCUUAAACGGCAAAACAGAAACAUUUGAUUCCAUGCCAGUUUAG